AUGGAGACAAACCUAGAAAUAGCUGAAUCUGAGGAGCACGAGGAUGACUUGCCGUAGGUUUAUUUAAAAUAAUUUGUUAUAUAUAUUAGUAAUGACAUAAUCAUUAAGUUAGAAGGUUAAUCCCUAGAUAACUACUUCUAUGGCCAUCCAUAUAUAUAUAUAUAUAUAAAUACAAUUUAACAGGUUAGGAUUUUUGGGUGAUAUUUUGUUUAUCAUUUCAAUGUUUGAUAUUUAACUUGUGACCCUAGACAUUAUAACCUCAACCAUGCUGGAUACUACCAGAACUAUAAUAAUGAUGUUAAUGCUAGUCUCGCUAAUUAAAAUUAUUUUUAAGAUUAGGAAUAAAAAAAAUUCAAUGCAGAUAAGAAUUAGUUUAACAAUUAUACAAUGUUAAAAAAAAUACAGUAUACAAGGUCUAUUCCGUAAAGUCUAGAAUGUUUGCCUAUUUGAGAAAAAUGAUUAAAAUAAUUAACAAAGUGUAGGGGGAGUGGGGGAGGGCGGGGAUUUAGAGUUGGAAAAUUGAUUAUAAUAGUAAUUAGCCAUUUAUUCCAAAAUACACGACUAUUUCCAACAAUGUGUCUCCAUGCACUAUGUUAUAUAAAAUAUAUUUAAUUAUGAAAGUAUCAUUGGUCAUCAGAACCUCUGGAUGCAUGCAGCUAGCUGACCAUGCUUGUACAUUGCACUCUACCUACAGCUACAGACCAAACAAUCUGAUACAAAGUAUGAUUAUGAUACAAAAUAUCAUGUAUCUGGGUCCAUUAUCUGGUAUACCCAGUACUGAAUAUUCAGUAAUUAAACCUUAUUACAGUAUUAACCAGAUUUGAAAAUAAAUGUCCUCCAUAUGAAAUGGAGGAAAAUGCUGAAUUAUGUAACAAAAUGAUUUGCUGUAGGUUUAUAUAAAAAUAUUUAAUUUGAUAUAUUAUUAAUGUAAUGAUAUUGUUCGAACUUAAAUCCCCUUUUAACUAGACACAGUUAAUUUAUAGAAACAAGUAAAUGACUCUGCAGGUGUGCAUCCAAUUCUAUAGAUUACUGGGUGAUAAUUCUUUUCAAUGACCACAUCGUAGGACACAAUUCGAGCUUUGUUUAUUAUGUUAAAACUAAUUUUAUUAACUGAAAGACUCCUCUCCAAUUAGUUAUAUCAGUCUGGUGGACGUUAUAACGUAAAGCUAGAAAUGGAUUGUAGUUCAUUAUUUAGGCGACUGAUUUCAACACAGCUGAGGCUAAAUAGUCUCUGUCUUUGAUCCCAUAUUUUCUAAAACAACUGGAGAAUUUAUUAAACAUUUUCAAUGACGCUGAAUGGUAAGAAGGUGACCGGUCCACUAUAAAAAUGUAAAUAUCAGGAAUUUUCCGACAGACAACUUAAGGGACUAAGAGUUUAUUGAAGUUAACAGACAAAACAAUUAAACUUCACAAAUAUCAGAUGUACAAAUGUAGACACUAUGCGCUAAGUACAUGUCAUUGUAUUAUUAACCUUCUCGUUAAAUGGUCAAAGAAUCCUGAUUUAGAUGGUUUCAUGUUGUGACUGAAAUUUAGCAAUGUGUUAAAUUUAAACUAUUUCCUUUUUUUUCCUGUCAGUAGAUUGGAACAAGCUUGCAUCCUGUGGUCUAACACUAACGUUUACAUAGUGCAGGAAUUGUUGGGAAGUGGCACCUUUGGGAACGUUGUGCAGGGUGUUGUAAGAGGAACCAACGAGAAAGUGGCAAUCAAAAUCAUGAAGGACCAGCCACGCGUUGUUAAAGAUGCUGAAGAUGAGGUGGAAAUUCUCUCCCAGCUGAACAAGGAAAACCCAGACGAAUUUAACGUUGUGAAAUACUAUGAGUAUUUCCAGCACAACGAUAACAUCUGCCUUGUGUUUGAGAUGUUAGAGAUCAGCCUAUACGACUUUAUGAAGAAACGCAACAAUAGGCCUCUUCCUGUGAAACACAUACGCCCUAUUGUGCAGCAGGUGGGCAAUGCAUUGGCUAAGCUAAAGAGUAUACAAAUAAUUCACACAGACUUGAAGCCAGAGAAUAUCAUGCUGGUAAACACUUCCAAGUACCCAUUCAAGAUCAAGGUCAUAGACUUUGGUUGUGCCAUCCAUACAUCCAAGGUUCGAGUUUCAAGUUACGUACAAACAAGAUACUAUAGGUAAGGGACAUUCACAUUUCAAAUAAAGUAUAGAUAUCCUUUACAUUUAUGAAAUGAGUAUAAAAAAUAAUGUUAACUAGAUCUGGUUUAUUAUUUUGAUAAAGUUUAUUUAUUAAUAUUAGGAGAUAUUAGGGAUAUUUAUGGCGUUUGAUGGAGUGUAGCAGUCAGCUAGCUCUACACAUGCACAAAGGGCUCUUAAGGUGGACAUUGAUUGAUCAGAAUUUGCCAAAGUGGCAUGGCUGCUUGUUACAAAGCUCUCAGAGGGAGAAGGGAAGUGGACAAAAUAUUCCCUCUUUUUUUCUCCUUCAAAGCUUUGCAUAUCAAGCUGUCAAAAGACAUGUCACUCUCGUUAGUAUAGUGCUACUUUUUUAACACAGUAAAGGAGUUUAAGCAUGCGUAGGAUAGGCAUAGGGCUAUCCUAACUAUAAGAUAAGGCCAGGGACUAAUGAAAGUAUUUAGAAAAUUGGGCAGACUAAAUGGGCUGAAUGGUUCUUAUCUGCCUUCACAUUGUAUGUUUCUAUAUUCUUUAUAGAAAAGAUUACAAAAUAUAGGUUCAUGGGAUCUCUGCCGAAAUUCUCAUACGAGCACAGAGCGAUAUAAAGGCCUUUGAGAAGCUGGGUAAAUCUGCGGAAUAUGAUAGAAUAUCAAUUACAUUCCAAAGCAAGAUUUAGGCAGUAUUCCUCUAUUAUUCUCAUUUUAUAAAAAGUGAUCACCAUUAGUAAUUGGAAAUGGCUGCAGACUGUCCAUGGUCUCUCAAUAAGCUAGGGGAACUGGGAGUUGGGUUUCGCUGGGCGCUCUUUUAGUUGAUAUGUACUUGUGCUGAGUGUUUUAGGAGUCGGGGUAAAACACUUCCACUGAUAACUCUCAGGCAGCCAGAUGAAACAGAGCCAAGAUUAAAUUAACAGAAAUAGUAACUAUUUCAGUGAUUUACAUCUAAUUUCAGUGAUUUAAGCACUAAAAGGUAAAUUAUUUAUCUAACCUUCUGACUUCUCUCCUUUUAAUAAAAUUCAGGUCCCCAGAAAUAAUAUUGGCAUUGCCAUUCUGGGAGGCUAUCGACAUGUGGUCUGUGGGGUGUAUUACGGCAGAGCUAUUCACAGGAUACCCAUUGUAUCCUGGAGCAUCGGCGUAUGAUCAGGUGAGUUCAAAUCUAAUAGAUAUCUAUGUCUAAUUAUAUAUUAAGAUCUCAGUUAGGAAUCCAGAAUCAAUUCACAUAGAAAGGUAUCACAUAGCUAUUUAAUUUGCUUAUAUAGACGGGAGUCAAAGUUAAAAUGGUCAAUUUUGUUUAAAGGAUCACUAUAAUGUCAGGAAAACAAACUUGUUUUCCUGGCAGUAUAUAGUCGUUAGGUGCCCCCCUCCCGUUGGUCUGAAGGGGUUAAAACCCCUGCAGCCACUUACCUUUAUCCUGGCGCUGGUGACCUGUCCUCCCCCUUCGACGUCGGCUCCUGAAUGGAGCCAAAUGCGUAUGCGUGGACCGAGCUGCGUGUGCACAAAAAAGGGCUAUAGGAAAGCUUUCCUAUGGACGUUCAGCGAUUUUCACAUUGAGCGUCGGGGAAGCGCCUCUAGUGGCUGUCUUUGAAACUGCUAUGUUUAAAUCUGAAGGGUUAAAACCGUGGGGGACCUGGCACCCAGACAACUUCAUUGAGCUGAAAUGGUCUGGGUGACUUUAGUGGUCCUUUAAACUUAAUGAGAACUAUUCACUAAACAAAGAAUUGUUGUGAAUCAAAGACAGAAAUUUGAAAAAUUUAAGCAAAAGUGCAAAUUUUGAAGAGCUCUUCAACUGAACUGCUGUCAUACCUUUUACCCUGAAGUUUGGGAUACGGUUAUUAACUCACCGCAAUCCGGUGUUUAGUAAAUUAAUGCCUUACGGACGGAGGCAAUUGUACACAUUCUGAUCAAAACAAAACCUGGAAUUUAACUCUAUGUCUGUUCAACCAUAAUUUACCUUUUUCAUAUGAAGGGCACCUCAACUUAUUAAAUAUCAUUUUAUUCAGGAGAAACAGGGCUAUUAUUUCACAUCAAAUAUUCAUAUAUGAAACACAUUUUUAAAGCAUGCACGUUAGCAUACUCACACCAAUGUCUAUUUGGUAGUUUAGGUAACUUUCUUUAGAAUAAUAUAGCUAUAUAAAUAAUAUAUUUAUUAAAUCAAAACAUUUUAAAUAUAAGAAGUAAUUGCACUCCAACUUUUAAAUUUGAGAUUAUUUGUAUUUUAACUAGUUUUUAAACAAAAUAGAGAAUGAGUAUCCCUAUGGCAAAAAGAAGUCAAAGCAUUUUAAUAAAAAUGUGUGCGGCAUUAGAAUGUGGAGACAAACAGUUUAGUUUUUAUGCUUAGUAUCACUGUUUGUAACGUUAAGUAAUUUAUAUAUUAUUUCACAAUGCUAGUUUCCAUUAAGUUACUUAAUUUCUCAAGUUAGAACCACAGACAAUGUUAGUUGUUGAUAAGUUGUAGAAAUGCAGUAAAUCAGACAGAUUCGAAGCAGGUGAUUGUGGGUAAUGAUUGAUUUCGGUUACGUUUACAGUUUUAAUAGAAGCUGACGGUACUGGCAUGAAAAGUUGUGACUUUUUUUUUCCUUCCUGCAGAUCCGCUACAUCACAGAGACCCAGGGUUUGCCGCCUGAUAAGAUGCUCGAUUGGGGAGCAAACACCGAGAAUUACUUUAGAAUCGACGGCGAACGUGAGGAUUUAUUAUGGAGUUUAAAGGUGCGACCUUAUAUAUCAACCAUAGCCAUGUUUAAAUAAAAUAAAAUGAUAUGUAACUCCUUCAGGAUGUACGGCUAAAUAAAUCCUAUGAUGUCAUGAUAGUCCCAGUAAAUGACCUGCCAUGAACUGGUUAAAGCAACAUUUCGGGAUUUGUAUUUAAUUUAUUUUAUUAAGUCAGAUUAAGUUUUACACACUAACAUUCAUCAAUUUGGAAGUUCCGACGUGAUAACAUUUCAAUAAUAGUUCCUCCUUAAAGUGUUUUACCUAGUUCCCCCUUUCUCAGUCAGCUUUGCAGCCAUUUCAUAAAUAAACUUUCACAACCACAUGGUAAAUAAAAAACUAAACUGUUUAGACUCAGGGAAAGCUGCUGGGUCAGGUAAUGGUAAGACGUGUUUAUCGGUUCCUUUCUAACACUAGCAGGAAACUUACUGAGAUAUUGUAGAAUGCUACACUGAGUGAUGUUCUCAUUCCAGAACCUAAUGGACAAUCUUGUUUUUCCUCUUCUCUAGAGUAAAAUACACUAUGAAUAUGAGACUGGUAUUAGACCAAUGGAAAGAAGGAGAUAUGUCUUCAGCUCUCUUGAUGAUAUGACGAAGGUACUGUAUUCCUAGGGCACUCAUAUUAAUCCAAAAUCACAUGGAAUCUUUCUCUCACCUCUGUGGCUCAGCAGAAAAAAAAUACUUAAAGGAUAUAGGGUCAGGAACACAAACAUGUAUUCCUGACCCUAUAGUGUUACAACCACCACCCAGCUCCACUGGGCCCCUCUUGCCUCCCUAAAUAUAGUAAAAUCUUACUUGUAUUCAAGUCUGGAAUAUUUUCCCCUCUACAUAAACACUUUUUAAAAAUUUUGUUGUAACAUAUGUGUUACAUUUUCCAUUUUUAAUAUGUAUUUUUUUACAUGUUGCAUUUUAAGAAAUAUAUAUAUUAUGAAAUUAUAAAACAGGAAAGUAUAAAACAGGAACCUAUUUCUUGAUUUUUGCACCCCUGCCUUAUCUUCAUAUACCCAUCUUGUUACAAGAAUCUGAUGAUCUGCCUAGAACCCCUACUAGUGUCGUCAGUAACAUUGUGGCUAUUUAGUCCAGAGCCUACCAAACCAAGUUGUGAGGUUGGUAGGGAAUACUGAAAAGCAGCCAAAUCCCUUACUCAAGUUACUGAAUAAUGUUGGCCCUAUGACAGUAAAAAAAGUAUUGCUUUGUAUAUUUUUUCAUGAAUACUAACCUCACUAAAACAAAUAAUCUUCUUAUUGACUGUUUCUUUCUCUUCAGAUAAUUUUACCAUCAAAGUUGGAGGGCAGUGACACGCUAGUGGAGAUGGCAGACAUAUGGCAGUUCCUUGAUCUGCUGAAGGAAAUGCUUACUAUAGACCCAGACAAGAGGAUAACUCCCAUAUGCCUUCUCAGCCAUCCCUUCAUCACCAUGGCUCAUCUCCAGCACUUUACACGGAGUUCAUAGUACGUGAUUUUCCUUGUGCACUUGGAAGGUUGCAUGGGAUUGGUGGAAAAAUUGGUAUCAAUGUGGGAGUAGGAGGAUCAAUCGUAUUCAUUCGUAUCUACUAGAAUAUGUAGAAUUAUAUAAAUUGUAUGAGUAACCUCCAGCACUCUAGAUUUUUGCUGCCUCUUGUGAUGGUUCACGGAACCCUUUAGGCAUACUGUUCUGGCUCCUCCUCUACUAUAAUAAGUCAAACAGCUGACCACCUACUCUGCAGCAAUGAGAGGGAAACGUUUAGCUCAGAGAGAAAGAGAGAGAGCUUCCUGCUCUGUGAAGGGUGUAGUGGAGGCAGGAAGCAGUGAAGUCAAACUGUCCUAAAAAGGUUUGAUCACUUACAUUGAGGGGUGUCAGGGCAAGCCAAGUACAAUAACCACUGCAGUGCACUGAUCAGUUAGGGUGCUUGGAGUUUUCCUAUAUAUUAAGAGAGUAUUUUUUAACUUUAACAGCAGCUAAAAUUAUGUUUCAUUCAGGUCUGGGAAGGAACGUUUUAUUUAACGAGUCGUCAUUUGUGUUUUCUUGCUCAUAUAAUUCCCUGUUUAUUCAAUUAUUUUAUUACUUUUUUGUCUAUUACUCAUCAUUUGUUUUCAUUUUUCCAUAAUUUUUUACUCGUUAAUUUCUUCAAAAUGUUUAUCACUUCCUUGUUUUCAGUGACAUUCUUCCUUUUUAUAUAAUUUAAUCUCACUCUUUUUGUCUCUCUUUUCCCAGUGUAAAUCCUUGCUUCCAGGCCAUGAAGAUCAACGAAGAACAGGUGAGUAUAGCGAUAGUCCUCCUUAGGAUCCCACUAAAAACUGGAGGGGAACUGUUAGGGGUGUCCAGUAGACAGCAAUGUGCAGCUGAAGAUAUAAUGGUUUCUCCAGCUUGUGGGAUGGGGAUCAUUAUUCAUAACUCUAAUUAUAACGUGAACACAGACAUAGAACAGGUAAAGGUAUGAUAUUCUAUUUUACUAAAUAAACUCUUGGUAUUCAUAAGAAAAAUGUCAAUUUAAUUUGUGUUAACGCAGAGCAGCAAAUUACGGGAUUUAUUUUCUCUCCUUAUGCUAUCAUACAACAGGAGGUGUGUCCUGAGCCUCCAGAAAUGGAGACAGAGUCACCGAAUGAAGAGGACAAGAAGGAACAGCUGAUAGAAGAAGAUUCUGGGAAGGAAGAAGAGAAGAAAAAGAAUGAACGCAACGAGAGACUUCUGGAACUUGUGAGUGCUUCCAUAGGUGUAACUGGGUGCAAGAAUCAAAGAAUCUCAGUCUUCCCUCAGCAAUGCAUCUGAGUGAAAUGAUGGGAUGAGUCUGACUGUGUGUUUAAUUGGAUGAUUGCAUGUAACCUUAAAGGGAUACUCUGGGUACCAUAACAACUUCAUCAACUGAAGUUGUUAUGGUGCCAGGAAGUCCUAUGUGCCUCCCUAUGAUAAAGGGUUAAACUGUCUAUGAAGGGUUUAACCCUGUCUGCUCUGCACAGCGCCUUCAACCGAUUCUGCAUUAAAUCCAAAGGCCUCGGACUUGGUACCACUGACUUGUUCCCUAUUCAUAAAACUGAGUGCAAAAUGAACAUUUUAUGAAUGGGUUGUGUUUAUAAUCAGUGUGCUGUGAAUUCAGGGGUGUAUCAGUGUGAAGUGCCCAUAAAUGUCAAUGUAGGUUAUAUCUGGAAAGAGUGUCAAUGUGUAUAUGGAAAAGCAAGGUGUGUUUGUGUGUCGGGUUUGUGUACAAUAUUAGUGUGUAUUUGUGUGUUGCUUUUUUUGUAUUUUCUUUCUUGAGCGGAGGAAUUCCAAGGCCCAGUCGCAAUUAUUUGUGCUGUUUUUAUUUUGUAUCUCUGUGUAUAAAAUAUCAUUCAUAGUGUCACAAAUAUUACUAUGAAAGUUGAUACAUGACAUUGUCCAAGGGAUACAUUAAUGAAUAAAUUCCGAUUUUGUUUUUCUUUUGAUUUGUAGUAUGCAAAUGCUAUCGCACUUGCAAACAAAAUGGGCUUAGCAAAGGAAAUAUCGAGCCAAACUGAGGCUGAGCCCCUGGGAGCAUGUGAGAGUUCCCCAUCAGCACAGAUCGAGAUCCAAGACCAGGUAAGGAUGUACGCAAUAUGGCAGAUUAGUCCUUAAGGUUUUGGGUCACUAGAUAUUGACUAGAGGUAGAGACUUUACCUCUCCGAACUUUGCUAUACACGGGAAAGAAAGAUAACAAUACCCUCUACAUUACCGAAGGGAAGAUCUUAGAACUAUAUUUAAAGCUAUGGUUCUAGGGAUAAAUAACUUAUUUAGAACACAUUGCUUAUUCUGCUUACAGUUUGAUAAUUGUAGUACUUGGGGUGUGUGAUUUAUCACCUUCCGAUGUGUGUAACUGUGAUACACCAUACACCAGUGGGAGGCAAACUUUGGCAGUCCAGAUGUUCUGAACUACAUCUCCCCUGAUGGUUUGCCAGAAUAAUGGCUGUCAGAGCAUUUUGGGAGAUGGUUGUGUAACCUUGCUAUACUCACUGUAACCUCAUAGCACAUAGCACAGCAUGGCACAGCAUAGCCCAUUGUGUUGACUUGUUUAUAUCCUGUGUGCUUUCUAUUUUAUUCCUCAAAAAACAGGUGAGUAUAGCGAUAGUCCUCCUUAUGAUCCCAUUAAAAACCGGAGGGGAAUUGUUAGGGGUGUCCAGUAGACAGCAAUGUGCAGCUGAAGAUGUAAUGGUUUCUCCAGCUUGUGGGAUGGGGAUCAUCAUUAUUCAUAACUCUAAUUAUAACGUGAACACAGCCAUAGAACAGGUAAAGGUAUGAUAUUCUAUUUUACUAAAUACACUCUUGGUAUUCAUAAGAAAAAUGUCAAUUUAAUUUGUAUUGACGCAGAGCAGCAAAUUCCUGGAUUUAUUUUCUCUCUUUAUGCUAUCAUACAACAGGAGGUGUGUCCCGAGCCUCCAGAAAUGGAGACAGAGUCACCAAAUGAAGAGGACAAGAAGGAACAGCUGAUAGAAGAAGAUUCUGGGAAGAAAGAAAAGGAAAAAAAGAAUGAUCGCAACGAGAGACUUCUGGAACUUGUGAGUGCUUCCAUGGGUGUAACUGGGUGCAAGAAUCAAAGAAUCUCAGUCUUCCCUAAACAAUGUAUCUGAGUGAGAUGAUAGGAUGAGUCUGACUGUGUGUUUAAUUGGAUGAUUGCAUGUAACCUUAAAGGGAUACUCUGGGUACCAUAACAACUUCAUCAACUGAAGUUGUUAUGGUGCCAGGGAGUCCUACGUGCCUCCCUAUGAUAAAGGGUUAAACCGUCCAUGAAGGGUUUAACCCUGUCUGCUCUGCACAGCGCCUUCAACCGAUUCUGCAUUAGAUCCGGAGGCCUUGGACUUUGUACCACUGACUUGUUCCCUAUUCAUAAAACUGAGUGCAAAAUGUACAUUUUAUGAAUGGGUUGUGUUUAUAAUCAGUGUGCUGUGAAUUCAGGGGUGUAUCAGUGUGAGGUGCCCAUAAAUGUCAAUGUAGGGAAAGAUGUGUCAGUGUUUAUAUGGAAAAGCAAGGGGUGUUUGUGUGUCGGGUUUGUGUACACUAUAAGUGUGUAUUUGUGUGUUGCUUUUUUUUUUGCAUCUUCUUUCUUGAUCGGAGGAAUUCCAGGGCCCAGUCACAAUUAUUUGUGCUGUUUUUAUUUUAUAUCUCUGUGUAUAAAAUAUCAUUCAUAGUGUCACACAUAUUACUAUGAAAGUUGAUACAUGACAAUGUCCAAGGGAUACAUUAAUGAAUAAAUUCUGAUUUGGUUUUUCUUUUGACUUGUAGCAUGCAAAUUCUAUCGCACUUGCAAACGAAAUGGGCUUAGCAAAGGAAAUAUUGAGCGAAACUGAGGCUGAGCCCCUGGGAGCAUGUGAGAGUUCCCCAUCAGCACAGAUCGAGAUCCAAGACCAGGUAAGGAUGUAUGCAAUAUGGCAGGUUAGUCCUAAAAGUUUUGGGUCACUAGAUAUUGACUAGAGGUAGAGACUUUACUAGAGAAAUAUCUCUGAACUUUCUUAUACACGGGAAAGAAAGAUGAGAAUACUCUCUACAUUACCGAAAGGAAAUUCUUAGAACUUUAUUUAAUGCUAUGGUUCUAAGGAUAAAUUACGUAUUUAGAACAAAUUGCUUAUUCUGCUUACAGUUUGAUAAUUGUAGUACUUGGGGUGUGUGAUUUAUCACCUUCCCAUGUGUGUCACUGUGAUACACUAUAAACCAGUGGGUGGCAAACUUUGGCAGUCCAGAUGAUCUGAACUACAUCUCCCCUGAUGCUUUGCCAGAAUUAUGGCUUUAAGAGCAUUAUGGGAGAUGGUUGUGUAACCCUGCAAGACUCACUCUAACCUCAUGUCACAUAGCACAGCAUUGCUGAGUUAUAUCCUGUCUGCUUUCUAUUUUAUUCCACUCUUUACAGAGAAAUUGAUAUAUAAAUAUAUAUAUACACACAAACACAUACAUACAUACAUACAUACAUACACACACACAUAUUUAUACAUACACACAUAAAUACACACACACACACACCUAAUGGAUCAAAGUUAAUGAAUAGCAAUGCCCAAUUGACGCCUUCAAUGAAUACAUUCUGAUGGUUUUCUUUUCCUUUCGUGGCUAGCAUGCUCAAGAUGGACCUUUACUGGAAGAGUCAAGCGAAGCAGAAGGGAACUGUGAAGUAGUUGCGGAGGAUAUAGUACCUGACACCCAGGAAACACCAGCUCAGUGCGGGAAGGAUACAUCGGAUGAAAACGAAAUCGAAAUCCUGAGUGAAUUUGAUGAAGGCGACAAAGAAGAGGAGGAGAAAAAAAAGAAAAAGAGGGGAUCCUGCAUGAGACGGGUGUUACGAGCCCUGUGCUGCUGCUUCCACAGAAAACCAAAGAAAUUGAAGGUGAACACACCCGAGACCUCAGAUGUCAUCAUAUAUCAAGUCCAUGGACUUCAAUAUUCUAGCAGUGAAAGCAGCACAGAUAGCAAAGCUGCAGCUUCCACCCACUCCUCCCUGCCAUCAGAGCGCAGUGCAGGUCUACUGCGGAAAUGGAAAUGUGUAAACGACCUGUCUCAAAUUGAAUGA